AUGGAGGCCUACGACCGGUUCCCGGACGCGCCGCUGCCGCUCGUCGAAGUGACUGAAGACUCGAGUCUUCGAGCAAACCCAGACACGCUCAAGCUGUUAUCGACCAUCGAGGAGCGCCUGUGCGUCGUCGCGCUGUGCGGGCGCUACCGGUCGGGCAAGUCGUCGCUGCUCAACUGGAUCCGUGAUCCCUCUAACCGGGGCGGCUUCGCGGUCGGCCACGGCGUGUCGCGCUGCACGAAGGGCAUCUGGGUCUGGGGCCGGCCGACGCCCGUGACUCUGAAAGACGGAACGAGCGCGGCGCUGCUGCUCCUGGACACGGAGGGCCUCGGCGGCCUCGGCGUCGACGGGUCCUACGACGCGACGAUCAGCGUCCUGCAUCCGUGA